AUGGAGCGAGAGCUCAGCAGCACCCAGGUCCGAAAGCUGGACGAGUUCAUAGAGGAUCACCUUCUUCCCGACACCACCUUCCUUACUGAGUUCAGAGCAGACGUGGACUUCAUAAGCGCUUUCCUGGAGAAGAGAUGCUUCCAAGGUGCCGCCCACCCUGUGAGGGUCUCCAGGGUUGUGAUGGGAGGCUCCUACGAUGAACACACCACACUCAAGGGCAGGUCAGAGGCCAACAUGGUGGUGUUCCUUAACAACCUCACCAGCUUUGAGGAGCAGUUAAAGCGAAGGGGAGAGUUCAUUGAGGAAAUUCGCGAACACCUGUGCCAGCUGCAGCAGGAGGAACAAUUUAGAGAGAAGUUUGAGGUCCUGAGCUCAAAGCAGCCCAAUUCCAGGUCUCUGAGCUUCAAGCUGAGCUACCCCAAGUUUCAGCAGGAGGUGGAGUUUGAUGUGCAGCCAGCCUAUGAUGUCCUGUAUGAACUGAGAAACCUCCAGCACCUUGACUCCUGUAACUACAGCAAAAUCUACGCCCAACUCGUCCAUGAGUGCACCACCCUGGAGAAGGAGGGCGAGUUCUCCAUCUGCUUCACUGACCUCCAUCAGAGCUUCCUGAGGUAUCGUGCACCCAAGCUGUGGAAUCUCAUCCGUCUGACCAAGCACUGGUAUCAGCUGUGUGAGGAGAAGCUGAGGAAGCCACUGCCCCCACAAUAUGCCCUGGAGCUGCUCACAGUCUACGCCUGGGAAUGCGGGACCCAAGACAGUUCUGGACUACAUACAGCCCAGUGCUUCCGAACGGUCUUAGAACUGAUCACUAAGUAUCAGCAUCUUCGAGUCUACUGGACAUGGUGUUAUGACUUUAAAGACGAGGAGGUGUCUGUCUACCUGCACAGACAGCUCCGAAAAGACAGUCCUGUGAUCCUGGACCCGGCAGACCCAACAAGGAAUGUGGCAGGUUCAGACUUACAGGCCUGGGAACUGCUGGGAGGAGAGGCUGCGACCUGGCUGAAGUCAUCUUUCUUUAGAAACAGUGAUAUGUUCCGCGUGCACUCCUGGGAUGUGCCGCCAGAGACACAAGGAUGUACCAUCUUGUAA